GGUGAGCUGGGGUUUGACUUUCUGUUAGCUGGGCUGAAGACGGUCAUGUAAAGAAUAAAAAGCAAAAAAAAAAAAAAAAAAAUUGACUUUUGUCACUACCACUGACAUUUGGCUUCAUAUCAAAGUGCUUGAUGGCUGUUACACAGGCUGUGCUCCCUUCCUUCAGCUCCUUCUCCAGCCUCAAUCAAUCCAGCGUCAAUAUGAAAGUGUGGAAGUCUGAGGACAACUCUCUCCCUCUGGACUCUCUCAGCAACAAACUGUCACCAAACAGCUCCGAGCAGCUGCAGGUCUCUCAGCAAAUGGCAGAGGAGCUCCUGGAUGAUGACAGCAGAGGAUCCUGGGACAUUGACUUCCUGCUGUCUGACUGGAGCAGCCCAUCGCCCGACCUCAACCCCUGUCUGGACAACAACGAUCAACAGCUCCCACAGUUAGACCCAAGCACAGCUUACCAAGAGGCGGCCACGUUUAAGGAUCGAGCAGGACAGGAGCACCUGCAGGUGAACGCUGGCUGCCUCAUGGCCGAGCUCCUGGCGCCGGCUGAAACCACAACGUCAGUCCAGCCAGAGCUGUACCACCAUGGUUAUAAUGACGAACAAGCAAGUCGGACUUCAUUUCCCAGUCUACCUCAUGUAGAUCAGUUCGGCUUCCAUCAAGGAGGCAGUGUGGAGAGGCACAACAGAGGCAACCUCACCAAAGUCUCACCAUGGGACUUUAACCAUUACUAUCCCCAGCAGCACCCCUCCAUGGUGGCCUUCACCGACAGCAGGUUCAUACCAACUCAAGCUGUGACCCCUGACCCUCGACACUACAGCUACGUGCCACACUUCAACCACAACGCCAACUUGUACUCUGACUACACUCACAGCCAGGCCACCGGUCAUCUGACCCUCCACCAGCAGCCCCUGCUGGUAGGACCACAGCUGCCCCCUGGUGGGGUGGAGGGGAAGCGCGGUCGGAGGGCGACGGGGAAAAAGAGGCCCGCCAUCCAUAGCUGUGAAUACCCGGGCUGCAGCAAGACCUACACCAAGAGUUCACACCUCAAGGCUCACCUCCGCACACACACAGGGGAAAAGCCUUACCACUGUUCAUGGGAGGGCUGCAGCUGGAAAUUUGCACGCUCGGACGAGCUGACGCGUCACUUCCGCAAGCACACGGGCCAGAAACCGUACGAGUGUCUGCUAUGUCAAAGGGCCUUCUCCCGCUCUGACCACCUGGCUCUGCACAUGAAGAGACACAACUGAUGCUCAAACACACA